UUAGUCUUGUACUUUCGAGGCCUGUCUACGCCAUAGAUGUCCUAAAUAAAAGAGGAUGUGAGUUUUAAGUUGUUACUUGCUGAAUUUGACACGGUGUAGUGAGGUAGGGAUUUAUCUUGACGUGAUAUUUCGUCUUGGAGAAACUCUUCCGACCCGGCAGUAAUAUUAGGAGCGCGCUAGCAAGAAGUAGAAAUCUGUUCCUGUUCUACUAAUUUUGAACUGUACCAGUUGAGGUUCACUGUUGGAGCUGAUGUGGUAUUUAUGAAGAGUUUCUAGAAACCUGAGGCUGCAGAGACAUGGUGGGCUAUGAUCCUGGUGUCCAGGGUGCACCUCUGUCCCCAGAGGAGGCGGCCUUCGCUGGUUCAGCUGCUGGGAUGGUCACCAGAGCCCUCAUCAGUCCUUUUGAUGUCAUUAAAAUCAGAUUUCAGCUGCAGAUAGAGCGCGUGUCUUCAAAAACACCAGAGGGGAAGUACUAUGGGAUAUUUCAGGCAACACGCUGCAUUCAUUCAGAGGAGGGACUGUCUGCUUUCUGGAAGGGCCACAUCCCAGCACAGCUCCUCUCUAUCUGCUACGGAGCUGUCCAGUUUGCGAGUUUUGAGUUUCUGACAGAGUUGGUCCAUCAGAAAACGCUGUAUGACAGCCAGACAGCAGGCGUUCAUUUCAUCUGUGGCGGCUUGGCAGCCUGCUCUGCCACAGUGGUUUGCCAGCCUCUGGACACACUGCGGACACGCUUUGCAGCUCAGGGAGAACCCAAGGUGUACAGGAACCUGCGACAUGCUGUGUCUACAAUGUGGCGAUCAGAAGGAACUCUAACAUUUUACCGCGGCCUGUCACCAACACUCAUGGCUGUGUUUCCUUACGCUGGCCUGCAGUUCUUCUUCUACAAUAUCUUUAAAAAGUUGUUGGCUCCACGACCUGAAGCUGGGAACUCGGGAGGAAACUUAAAAAGCCUGGUCUGUGGGAGUGGAGCUGGAAUGAUCAGCAAAACAAUCACGUACCCAUUCGAUCUGUUCAAGAAGAGACUGCAGGUGGGGGGCUUUGAAGCAGCCAGAGCUCACUUUGGACAGGUGCGGAGCUACAGAGGUCUGCUCGACUGCAUGGUUCAAAUAGCCAAAGAGGAGGGCUUCCGAGGAUUCUUCAAAGGCCUGUCCCCCAGUCUCGUAAAAGCUGCGCUGUCAACAGGCUUCACCUUUUUUUGGUAUGAAUUUUUCGUCAACGCCUUGCAUAACUUCAAGGAGAAACGGGGAACAAAUGUCAUCACCAAAGACUUUAACAGAAGAUGAUGAAGGGGGGUGGGGGAGCAACACACACACAAUCACGCACAUUGGAAACUAACUUAUGCCUUGUUAUUUUCUUGCACUGAAAAAACUUGUCAACUGGGUCAAUAUCAUCAUUUGUUUCUGUUGUGUUUAUAUAUCACGACAGAAAAAUUACUAUAUUAUGUUUGUUUUAGUGAUGUCAUUUGAGUGUGUGUCAUAAAAGAGCUGGAUUUUUUUUUUUAAAACAUGAAUUUAAUGUGGGAUUUCAAGGUUUGUGGAUACUUGCUUUAAAAAGAUAAGUGUUAGCAUUGAAUAUUCAAACUGAACUUUGCACACUUUGCAAGAAAGUUGCAAGAAAAGAAUACAACAAAAUUAAGCUUUAGCUUUGGGAUUGUGUGUUGGUUUUGUGCACAGACAAAAAAAAGCACUUAAUAUUUAUUGCAUUAUAUACUAUGGAGGACUGGGUAUGUGAGGGACUGUUAACUGAGAGUUCAGUUAGUUUGUUGUGUUACGUUACACUGUUAAAGCAGUUGUGUGGAUGUGUCUGCUGAACACUAUGACGUUAUUAUUUUUUCAAUAAAGUUUGGAUUAAGGAA